AUGGGAGAAAAGGAUUCUAUUAACGUCAACAUAAGUGGCAAUGAUGUUACUUGCAAAACUGUAAAGGCAAAGUACCUAAGGGUUGUGUUUGCAGCAUUAUUAUUCUUUGGUAUAGCGAUGUAUACGUGCUGCUCAUUACCUCAUCCAACCAACUUGACAAGAAAUCCGUUGAAUACAGAAACAAACCAAUUCAAUCAAGCCAAUCCAGCCCAAUAUAGGAAACAGACUGAUUUAGUGAAUAGCAUCACUGAGACAGUUGGUCAAGAAGGCUCUGCCGUCAAAAAGUUGCAAGAUCAAACGAUUGACACUGAAAUUGAGAAGACCCAACAUCACAAAAUUGAAACCCCUACAACAACAGUCGAUUUUGACAAGAGGGAAGACUCCUCGUCAUCUGACUCAGACUCUUCAGAAACUUCAAACCUGAAGAGCACUCCCAUCUAUGACAAACCAUGGAUGAGAUUUAUUUUUGCAUUAGGGGGUAUAAUCGUUCUCAACAUGAUUGCCAUAUGUAUUCAUCAUUUAUAUCUAAUCGUCACAAGAUCACAAAACAGGUACCGAGCUUUCGAGGAGGAAAAAUCGCCGUUUUAA